GCACCACCAGACAGCGUGGUCAAAGGUGACCCAUGGAGCUGCUGAAGCUUUUUCUCUUGCCGCUUGCGGUGGCACUUCAAGAGCUCAAUGAUGAAACCUUUGAGCAUCAAACCCAGGCCUCCACCGGUAUGACGACGGGCAGCUGGUUGGUGUCCUUCGGCCUCGACUUGGAAGAUGCCUUGGAUGCUGUGGAGGAAGAGCUCAGGGAGGCCUAUGUAAUCCCUGCCAUGGUGAAGGACGGCAAAGAACUGUGGAAGAGGUUCGGCAUCAAGGAGCCGGUGGCUUUGCUCUUCGCCAAGCAUAAGCUCUAUCGCUACAAGGGCUCCAAGUCCUCGACGGAGCUGCUGGCCUUUGUGCGAAAAGCCUUGGAUGGAGAACUGCACGGGGAGCAGAUUCCGCCAGAGAGAAGUUUCUUGGAGAAGCUAUGGGAGCGUUUCAUGGGUCAGGGAGAGCUUUGACAGGUACAUGACUGGUGAAAAAAGG